CGCGUGUGCAGAGCCAAAUUCUUCAAAACAUGGAAAAAGCAGGUUUUUAUCUGUUACCGUUGCUUUUAGAGGCUCGCUCUGAUCAUUUUUAUGAAGGAAAUGAGUAUAUGAAGUACUUAUCACAGCGCAUUCAUUCCUUAAGAAAAGCUUUAAACAUUACUCAGAAAGGUGGAAAGCCAAAGACGUCGGCUGAUAAGAGGUUUGCGGAAAUCCAACUGUUUGAUGCUGAUCGCGCAUUCCAGCAAUAUACAUACUUACGGUCUUCUCAACGUCAACAUGCUCUUCGACGCUUAAAACGGGCUCUGCAAACCUCAAAGGAAUUGGUUUCUUUUUGUGAGUCAAAGGAUCAUAAUAAUCAUAUUUUUAUUUUAGAGGCUGCUGCGUUUAUGAAAUACAUUGAAGGUACAUUUUUAUAUGAAAAGCGAUCAUGGGAGGACUCUUUGCGUUCAUUCAGUUCCUCUCGUUUAGCAUUCCAACAAUUACAGCGAUCUCUUGAAGCAUUAUCAGAACACCAACGGGGAGUUUUCAAUGAGCUACUAGCACAAAUCGACUCUACAAUUCGCUAUGUCGCCCAGCGCAGCGGUUUAGAAAACCAAACGCAAUCAUUAGACAUCCUUAUGCUUGCAAAUGUUUCAAAAGAAGACUUAAUUGUUCAACAUAUUCAAGUUCUAAACCCUCAAGUAUUAGAAUCGAAUGCAGAAGAUCAAGCUGGUACCUCGUCCAUCACUCGAAUCACUUGGCGCGAUCAAACCAUCCAGAUUACACACCCAGAAAUUGUGUUGGCGUUAUAUGGUAUCCAUGACGUCCAAGCAGGUAUGGAUGUUUCUACUACAGUUGAUGAUCGCUUGCUUGGUGCUUGGGCUAAUGCCGAGAAAACCACAAAAAGCGUUUUAGAUAGUAUUUCUCCCGAAAGCAAUGAGUAUCAAGAACUCUCAAUCUGCUAUAGUUAUCUUGCUUACAACCUUAUCGUGCUCCGAAUUCAACGGGACAUUCAUACUCAGGAACUGCCAGCCGUCAAGAAUUCUUUAGCAAACCUUAGAGCUCAACAAAGCUUGUAUGAUACAAUUAUAAAGAACAUUGAAGCUGCCAAAAGCUUACCAGGUAUCGCAAAAGAUAAUGGCAUGAUGGUACAGCUGGAAGCUCAAAUUGCUAUUGUUAAAGCAAGGCGCUGCCAAGUCAUUGCCGAUGCCUAUCAAUCGCAAGACAAAGCCAAAGGACUUGCUAUGUGUAUUCGUGCAGGCCAAUAUUAUGAGCAAGCAAAUGAUUACCUUCAUAAUUUUGAGGAAAAUCCUCUGGAAAUAGCUUUCGAUAUUGUCAUGGAAUUACAAACAGGGCCUAAUGAUUUGAAGAAACGAAUUUUGCUUUUGCGUAGUUUGGCUUCUCUGGAAAUGAUUAACCAAAAACCUAAGGAUUUAUCGCUAGUCGAGUCUAUGGAUCAGUAUGUAACUACGGAAUCGGAGAAACCCUUGAAUUUGACUCAGCUGAAAUUGCGCCCUAUUCCUGCCAAACCACUUUUCUUUGAUUUAGCUAUUACAUACCUGGGUCAGCAAACAGAAUUUGGAAAAGCCAAACCACAGAAAGAGGAAACAGAGGAGCUUCCAUCCGAAAGCAAGACAAAGGGUUUCUUUCGAAGUCUACUUGGAAGAAAAUAAUAAACCAUUUACUAUUAAUGUUUUAUAUAAAUAAAGAUUAUAUACCACGCACAAAGAGUUGGAAAACGAGAGAAGGUAGAAAGACAAAAAUAUUCGCUUGGACCAUGUUGUAUAGGGAAUCCGAGAGGAAUGAAACCAGUAAUUCGAUUGCUAGUGUAUAUUUUAGGCUUCA